UACUGUCAAAACGACCGGUCUCAGUGCCGUUGGCGUCAAUCGAUUGGUCCAUUCCACGCAAAUAACUGUCAUUGACAAAUCGAGACGUUUCAUUAACUCGAGGUCCGCCUUAAAGGGGGUUCAAUUAAAACUACCCAGCAAAUUAUGACUUACUAGUGAAUGGGAUAAAGCUAUCGAUAAGACGACGUUCAACCAUCAAAGGAAAGACACUGCUGUURAUUGAGCAAAAAGAUUAGCAAGUACACUAGUCGUAGCAUGGCUACAGUACAAAAUCUCCGGUCAAUUUUCAUAAUUGUCGUGUGGUUUAGUCUUGCUUUGGGUCGACCAUGGGAAGACAGCGAAGCAAGCCAACUAACAGAAACUCAAAAGAUUUCAAAAGCAACAUUUUUCCAAAGGAAAGGACCUGAUGGAGAGACAAUUUGCUUGUUUAGCAUAAAAUAUAACGCUUUUGUCUGCACUAAAGGAAUACCCCAAAGUSCAAGCUGUGAUAGUARAGAUCCAAAUUGCCGACUUAAGACAGGACCCAAUGAUGUCCAAACCAUGCAAGAAUUCUGCCAACAACAGCAAAAUGGAUUUUGUGGGAAUGGGCCGAUUGGACGAGAGUUACGAAGGGUUGUGGCUCCUUGUAAAAAGGAUGGCAUCACUUGCUUAUUUUUCAAGCGAAGACAGAAUAAUUUAAAGAAAGCAUCCGUUAGGAAAGGUUUUGGUUGCAAUCGAAUUGAUGAUCCAACUUGUUUACAAAGCUCAAAUGAGCCUGCUAAUUCCAAGACAACAACAAAACGACAGAAGAAGAUGACUUGCAAGUAUCAUAAAAAGGACAAGUUCUGCCGUUGGCGACCACAGCCCAUGGCUAUCAGGUCUCAUUUACCAAUAAACUUUAAUUGACUGAACAACGACAAAAAAAACCUGCUGGCUGCCUCGAGAGGCUAAAGACAUAUCAUCUCAUCUUUCCAAACUGAUGACGACUUUUGACAAUCUUGUAGUAUUUUAUUGGAUUGACUCAAUUAAAAACCCUAAAGUUCAAAAAUGUCUUUAAAGUAUGAAGCCUGCUGAAUACGAAAUUGACGAAAUUGUAGCAAUGACGACAACAGCAUGAAAUGAAAUCUCUUUCAACUUGUUGUGUUUGACACGUAUUAGCGAAUGACCUGUUGUCCUGCUGUAAUCUCGACCGUGUUGAACGUACUAAGCCUUUAUGCUACUAUUGUUAGCCGUUGUUAAGGGUUUAUUGGAUUCUCACCCACAACGCCAUAUUUGGCAAUUGCAUUGUUUUCAAGUUUGCAUGCGCAUUCUGCGUGUC